CCAAAUUUGUUAAUAUAAGGUUCCUUCAAGUUCGAACAGGUGGAUGAUGAAUAUGAAGCGAAUGGACGAAGGGAAUGGUGCACAGGAAGAUAUUGAAGAUGAACAGACGGCUGCAAUCUGGAGAUGAGAACCAAGGCGAGAAGAGCAGACAGGCAGGGCCCGGGAAGAAGAAACGACCGGGAGUACAGAAGCGACAGGGGAUCAGGGUCCUGAAAAUAUGGAAUCCAGCUGCAUUUUAGACAUAGAAGCCAUCAAGUUGGACAAACGUUUCAACGAGUAUCACGUAAUUGAAUAUUCUUGCGGAUGACGCAAGGUAGUGAUCUUCAUAGAGCAACGGAAUCAUAAAAUAACAUUCACGAGGAAGUGAGGCAAGAAUUGGACGUGAUGGAGUGCAGGAGGGCUGCGGUCGCUCUUGACCUUAAUGGGUUCGUAGUUCUAUCAAUGGCUGGGCGGAGUCGAGUCCGUUCUGCUCUACUUGUCGUAGUGAGGAGUGGGAGCAGAUGAUGAGAGAGAUUUGUUACGAAGCCGAUGUGGUUUCCUGCGUUCAAGCUGAUGAGUUGCGAUUGCCAGGGGCAUUUGCGUCUGUAGAGGCCCAGGGUUUUGCCUGUCGUCGCGGCUUUGAGAGAAGGGGCGGGGACGCUGUCUGCGUUCUUUGGUCAUGACAAUAACAGGGCAACAAGGAUUGACUCUUGCGUUCUCGAUCCCUUUUCUCCAUCACCUCUCGGAAGUUCCGAGAGGUGAUCGAGAAUUGGAGAUGGCAAUGAGAAAUAAAAAAACGACUAGCGUUUGUGGAGUACAGAUUGAUCCCGUGCUGUAUCUGUCAUUGAUUUGCCUCCGUGUGAUUGCAGGUGGGCGAUGAUGUUUUACAAGGAUGUAGUUUUGUAGCUUCUGUUGCUACGGGGAAAGACUGGGUGUAAGUUCAUGGGCGUUCUGCGACAGGCGGGGCGUAUCACACUUUGUUCGAUGUAGCAGACGGAACAGGGAAGGAGACGGGCUUGUUGCUGCAGGGCAGAGGGGUUCUUUGUUUUGAAAGCCUUCCGAAACAACCUGGUCUCUUUCAUGUGAAAGACGGCGUGUCGUGUUGCUUUGGUCACUUGGAUCGGAGACUGUUCCCAAGUUAUGGAUAAUCAACGUGAGGAGUUAUUUGCAGAGUCAGUGAAGAUAAUAUUGGAUCAAGACUGUGCUUUCAAUCUCUCGAUUGAAAGCACAGUCUUGAAUCUGGCCGCGGAUGAAACUGGCCUGAUUUUGAACAUACUUGGGUAUGGGAAAGUAGUGAAGAGGGUCAUUGAGUUCUCCUAAAAAUAAGAACGCAGAAAAGGACCUUGGUCUGGUUACAAGAUUAGUGGGAGGCCAGGCAUGGCUACCAUGAAACCUCCUACGGGUCUGAUCGGGAUGCAGCGGAAACUUCACAGUAAGCCCAUACAGAUGCAUGUUUUGUUUGUUUGGGUGUUGUCGUGGACGGUGACAGAUCGAUCACAGAAGUUAAAUGUGGUCACCAGCUCUGUUCGGCUUUGCAGGCCAAGGGGGCAAUGCUGUGCUAUAACUGGAGGCACUUCGAGAAUGGUUAUACAGCCAAUCUCUAUGCCAACAGUAGUGGUCGGGUGGGGACCUCGAUCGAGGGUGCUGGUUAUUUGAUUUUGAAGACUGUACCAGGCCUCACCCGAACAGAACAAUGCAAGCGCUAGGGCUGAGGACAGCUCGUAGCUGCGUACGUUCAAGUGGAGCGAUCGCCCGUAUGUAGGGCUGAGAGCGGCUCACAACUACGUUCAAGUUAGGCGAUCGCCCACUUGUCGGGCUGAGAGCAAUUCCCAGCUACGUUCAAGUUGGGCGUUCGCCCAUGUGUAGGGCUGAGGGCACCUCGCAGCUACGAAGCAAUUCUGAGAGUAUAAUUCUAACAGCGAGACAAGCAAGGAACCUGACGUAUGUGAAGAAGAGGACUACAUAGCUUUGAGUUUGGCUGCAGAGACUACGGGCUCUUUCUCUUGAAUCCCAUCCGAAGCGUACGUUGUCAUCGGGAUUGUCUGCAUUCGGAAUCAUGGAAAGACUCAUCGAGAAAUUAUUCUCGGAGUGUGUAAAAAGAGAAUUGGAGGACGAUGAUUUGAAAAUAAUGAGAGAACAAAAAGUGUUGUUAUUGGCCGGGGAGAACAGUAGCCUGGAUCUGAACAUACCUGCUCAUUACAUUGUAAAGAAAGUUUCUGAGGAAUUCUUCAGUGAGAAUGCACCUGGGUCUACUACUUGCAAGACGUGUGGGCAUGGGCAUGGGCAUGGGCGGUCAGAAGACAUGCCCACAAGUGGUGGGAAGGAGGAGGAGGAUGUGGCAGCCGAGCCACAGUCAUGUUCUAUCUGUGUCGAUCUCCUCGUCCAUGGAGGCGAAAGAUCGAUCACAAAGCUCCCAUGUCAGCACGAAUUUCAUUUUGACUGCAUUGCUGCAAUUUACAUGGCCAGGGGGAGAAUGCAGUGCCCAAUCUGCAGUCACGUAGAGAAGAGUGCACUGGAUCAGCUUUGCAGGCCUAGAGGGCAAAUGCUGUGCUACAACUGGAGGCACAUCGAGAAUGGUUAUACAACUAGGCUGAUUGCCAUCAGGAGUGGUAGGGUUGGGGACGUCGUUAUCGACGGUGGUCCUUAUAUCGAUUUUGAAGACUUGUACCAGGUCUCAUCCGAACAGAACAAUGCAAGCGCUAGAUCCGGUUUGAAGAAACGGGAGAAAUGCUGAAAGAAGUCAAAAUCAUCAAGAUAGAGCAAGGCGCAUUCAUGGUGAGAGAAGUUUUUGCACACGAUGACAUAAUAACGUCGUUUUCAGGAUGCUUUUCAAGAAACACCACAACGGGAAGGACGUUCCAGUCUCCAAGGGGUUGCAAGAGAUUCAAAGCUUGAUGAUCAUAUUGGUUGAUACAGCUGGAAAGCGGAGCAUCAGACCUGCUCCCUUCUCUACGCUAGCUAGAUCCUCAGGGCUUGACUGCUGAGAUCAAGCCAUGUAACAUUUUGAGCAGAUUGCUGUAAGACCACAAGGUCAUGGAGACAAGGUGCAGGAACCGGAUAUGACGGACUUCAACGACACACUUAUUUCUUCAGAUAUUUAAUCUUCAGACACCUCUAUAUUGAAGACCGCCAGCGUAGGCUAGCUUUUCAGUAAUAUGCACGUGAAGCGAUGUACUCUGUGCGCAGUCUGUGGAGCCAUGAGUAUUGUAAACCUCGUCUUGAGUGUUAUCCUACCUCCAAACGUAUGCAAACCUCCAUGAAACGCAGCAACAGAUGUCAAACAACUGAAAUGAAUUGUUUUGUUUCCCGGACUCCAGAAGCUCUUCUCAAUGUUUGCAUUACACAGAUUUCGUUAUUCAACAACAUGCCAAGUUGC